AGUUACCAAAGAGUCUUGAAGUAAAGAUUAGUACCCGGCUGAGACUCGAUGUAAGAGCAUUUAAUAGAGUACGAAUCUAACAUAACAUAACAAUUAACUACAUAGCUAUUGACUGUAUGAUCAGAAAAAAAUGUGAUCCACCAUAGGACAAACACAACAACAAAACAAUGACAAGUCGCGGUCAACACUGUCACUGAUAUCAUCGGCGACGCCAUCUUUUUUCUAAUGCCGUUAUGCUCCCUAGUUUUCCAGGGGUGACCAAUCUUCCGCAUUCAAAGAGUCUUUAUCAUUACCCAUGACUCCCCUGAAACGUUUGACCUGUCUCCUGUCUCUGGCCUUGGCUCGUAACGCGGUGCUGCUGUUUGUCAGUGCGUGCUGGCUGUAGGGUUUAAUUAACGUUAACUAGUUAGUGUUCGUGUCCGACGGGUCCGCUUGUAAACUGGGAGCCGUUACAGCGGAGCUGAGCCGCAAUGCUGAAAUGUAGAACUGUAUGGAAAAAGCUUGCACCCCUCGCUCGAGCCUCCUCAACUCUGUGCCGGCAGAAUGUGAGAAGAGCAGGGUUAAACAAUGGCAAAAUGCCAUCAUGUGUACCUGCGGGUCACAUGUCCACCGGGCCUGCAGGGGGAGGUAGAGAAAACCAGAUGUACUUUCUUCUGGUUGGAGUGACCUGCGUUGGUGGUGGAGUAUACGCAUACCGAACCAUCAAGGGAGACCACCAAAGAUAUCAGGACCGUAUUGAUGAAAUUUCAUCCAGACCACAUAAACAAGCCACAGAGGAACCAGCCAUACCCAUCCAAUCAGAGCCUCCUGCCGUCGCUGAGCCAGAACCUCAAGCAGCACUUUCACCAGAAGAGCCGAGCCCUCCCGCCCCUGAUGUGGAAAUACUGGCCCCCAUUGAAACAACAGAACCCCCCCCAGCAGAUGAGCCAAUGGUAGAAGCAUCUGCAGAGGAGGCAGCAGAACCAUCUGCAGCACCUGUAGUUGAGGAGGAACCAUCACCCCCCUCUGAGCCGUCCCCAGCUGAGCUUACAGAGCCGCCCCCUGCACCUGUGGCGGAGAGUGAACCUACAGCAGCAGCAGCAGAAAGCCUCGCAGCAGAGCCGACAGAGCCUCAACCGGAAGAGAGCGCAGAGGAGCCAGUCGUAGAAGCUCCCCCAGAAGAGGCAGCAGAACCAUCUGCAGCACCUGUAGUUGAGGAGGAACCAUCACCCCCCUCUGAGUCGUCCCCAGCUGAGUUUACAGAGCCGCCCCCUGCACCUGUGGCGGAGAGUGAACCUACAGCAGCAGCAGAAAGCCUCGCAGCAGAGCCGACAGAGCCUCAACCGGAAGUUGUGGCAGAAAGCGGAGACUCCCUACCGGCCUCUCUCCAGUUCCCCUCACACACACCCUACCUCCUUAUCGGUGGAGGUACCGCCUCUUUCGCUGCUGCCCGGUCCAUUCGAGCCAGAGACCCCGGUGCCAAGGUAUUGAUUGUGACUGAUGAGCCAGUCCCUCCAUACAUGAGACCCCCUCUUUCUAAGGAACUGUGGUUCUCUGAUGAUCCCAGUGUGACGGAAACACUGCGUUUCAAACAGUGGAAUGGAAAAGAAAGGAGUAUCUACUUCCAGCCACCAUCAUUUUACAUAAGUGCAGAAGAAUUAGAUGGUGCAGAAAAUGGUGGAGUGGCAGUUCUCACCAGCAAAACGGUGGUUCACAUGGAUGUGAGAGGAAACAAAAUCAAACUGGACGAUAAUACUGAGAUUUCAUAUGACAAGUGUUUGAUUGCUACAGGUGGUGUGCCUAGAAGUCUACAGGUCAUUGAAAGAGCAGGAGAGGAGGUGAUGAAGAGGACAACGUUGUUCCGCAAGGUUGAGGACUUCAAAUCAUUGGAUAAGGUCUCCAGAAACAUCAAGUCAAUCACAAUCAUUGGGGGUGGCUUCUUGGGCAGCGAGCUGGCCUGUGCCCUUGGCAGGAGAUCAACUGAGUGUGACCUGGAGGUGAUACAGAUGUUCCCUGAGAAGGGCAACAUGGGGAAAGUGUUGCCCGAGUACCUGAGCAACUGGACGACAGAAAAAGUCAAGAAAGAGGGUGUGAAAGUCAUCUCCGAAGCUUUGGUGAAAUCUGUGGUCUGCAAAGAUGAAAAAUUAGAAAUCCAACUGAAAGAUGGCCGAUUGGUGAAAACUGACCACAUUGUUGCAGCUGUUGGCCUGGAGCCCAAUGUUGAUCUUGCUAAGUCAGCAGGUCUGGAGGUGGACUCUGACUUCGGUGGCUUCCGAGUCAAUGCAGAGUUACAAGCUAGAUCCAAUAUUUGGGUGGCCGGAGAUGCUGCCUGUUUCUAUGACAUCAGACUGGGCCGCAGACGAGUGGAGCACCACGAUCACGCCGUUGUGAGUGGAAGACUAGCAGGAGAGAACAUGACCGGAGCCAACAAACCCUACUGGCAUCAGUCUAUGUUCUGGAGUGACCUGGGUCCUGAUGUUGGCUACGAGGCAAUUGGGAUCGUUGACAGCAGCCUACCGACAGUCGGAGUGUUUGCCAAAGCCACAUCCAAAGAUACACCGAAGGCUGCGACAGAGAAGUCAGGAACUGGGAUCCGGUCAGAAAGUGAAACGGAGGACACGGCCGUUAGCCCAGUGGCCUCUCCAACGCCUGCUCCCCCUGCGGUGCUGCAGAAAGACGAGUACGGAAAAGGAGUCAUCUUCUACCUGAGAGACAAAGUGGUGGUGGGCAUUAUCCUGUGGAACGUGUUCAACAGGAUGCCCGUCGCAAGGAAGAUCAUCAAGGAUGGAGAGCAGCACGUAGAUCUGAACGAAGUGGCCAAACUGUUCAACAUCCAUGACGAUUAAGAUGGUGGCCGGCGCCGAUUGUGAGGGGGGAGCAUCAUGUGAAGACUGAACUCUGGCAGCCAUCGCCACAGUCUUUAAGACACAACUGAUCAUACAUACAAAAUAGGAAGAUUCAUGUUAAAGAUUAUGAGAUAUUUUUCAUAUUUGUAUCCGCUGCACCGGUUUUUGUUUGUUUUCUUUAUUUUUCUAUCUAGGAAACAUUUGUCUCAUUUUCCACCCAGCGUUUUGCUCAUGCUUAAAAAUAAAUAACUAAAUUAUGGUCAAGAUAUGAUUGUCCUGCUUUUCCACACCAGGCUGAAAAUGCUGAGCAUGGAUUAUUGUUUUCCUCUGUAUGAUCAGGGCAGCUUGUCGUGAGAGAAGUUGCAAUAAAGGCUAUUUUUAAAAUGGA